AGGAACAUUGUUUUUGAGUUGCAAUUUCGAAAUAUUAAUCAUGUGUAUGCACAUGCCUGACCUGACAUGGAGAUAGACCUAAGCUGAUCUCGCAUAGUUAAAAGUUCAUACUAAUUCAUCUAAAAAAAGAAAAAUAGCUAUUGGGGCUCUGAUUAUUUGUUCUAGGUGGACUAGUUUAAUCUUAUGCAGUGGACAUAUUUUUAAAAAUUUAAAUCUUGGAUUCCUGAAAUUUUAAAUUAUUUACUGCAAUUUAAGAACAUUUUUCAGUUGCAAUUUAGGAACAUUAAUCAUGUGUAUGCACAUGCCUGACCUGGCAUGGAGAUAGACCAAAGCUUAUCUAGCAUAGUUAGAAGUUCACACUAAUUAUACUAAAAAGGAAAAUAGCUAUUUGGGGCUCUGAUUAUUUGUUCUAGGUGGACUAGUUUAAUCUUAUGUGGUGGAUAUAUAUUUAAAAAUGAAAAUUAUGGAUUCCUGAAAUUUAAAAUAUUAACUGCAAUUUAGGAACGGUUUUAUAGUUGCAAAUUAGGAACAUUAAUCAUGUGUAUGCACAUGCCUGACCUGACAUGAAGACAUACCUAAUCUGAUCUAGCAUAGUUAAAAGUUCAGACUAAUUCAUUUUAAAAAGUCCACACCGAUUAGCAAACUGUACAUGUUCGCUGCAGCUGUAGAGGGAGGUGCACUCCUAAAUAUGUAGUGGGGCAGCGCAUUAAGACAAGAGGGCAGUGUGGCGCAUUAAUCCUAGUAAAUGAGGUGGUCAGCUGUGUCGGGCUGCCCGCCAGUUACAACGUUGGAUCCCAGUCCUUGACUCCUUGUCACUUACUUGGUCUGCUGAACCAUAAACCUUAUUUGGUUUGUGGUGCGUGUUUUUUAUGUCAUCUCUGCUAAUUGGUGUAUUAUAUCCUGUGUGUGGCAGUGUAUCUUUGAUCAGAAUUCGCAUAAUUAUCUAUCGCUCUAUUACGAUUAGCCAUUAUGCUGAUGCAUGCACACAACUGUUGGACUUACAUUAUUGAUAGACCAGCGGGCUGCCUGCAUUGUAGGUGAGCAAGCAGCACGUACUACCGGAUGUUUAAGAUGCCAGGGCUUUAUAAUAAAAUGAUUAUUUAGUACAUGCAUCUCGAUUCGCACGAUCAGAUCCGACAACCCCAUCUGUACUAUUCCCUUUGUUCGUAAAUAUAAGUCUUUCUAGAGAUUCCAAUAGAGACUACAUACAGAUGUAUAUAGACAUAUUUUAGAAUGUAGAUUUACUCAUUUUGCUUUGUUUGUAGUCCUUUUUGAAAUCUCUGGAAAGACUUAUAGAAUUUAGGAAAGGAGGGAUGCUCCUAUGAAUACAUCCGUACACAACAACUACUACAUUUGAUUCACACUGAGCAUUUUACCAGUUUAGUAUUAUGGUCUCAGAUCCACCCAAGAAGCAGCAGAAGUGGACAGGAGAGGAGAGAGGUGCAAUGGAGGCAACGGUGCUGAGCGUGGGCAAGUCCGUGGUGAGCGGAGCUCUUAACUAUGCCCAAUCUGCCGUUGCAGAGGAGGUGGCGCUGCAGCUGGGAGUGCAGCGGGACCAGGCCUUCAUCAGGGAUGAGCUCGAGAUGAUGCAGUCUUUUCUGAUGGCUGCGCACGACGAGCGAGACGACAACAAGGUGGUCAAGACCUGGGUGAAGCAGGUCCGGGACCUGGGCUACGAUGUGGAGGACUGCCUCCAGGACUUCGCCGUUCGCCUCGAGAAGCCAUCCUAUUGGUGGCACAUCCUGAGGACGCUGCUUGACCGGCGUCAUGUGGCCGUGCAGAUGAAGGAUCUCCGAGCCAAGGUCGAGGAUGUCAGCCAGAGGAACCUGCGCUACCACCUCAUCAAGAGCCCUGCCGCUGGCUCAAAGUCCGUGGCCACGGCCGCCGAGCAGUACGCUGCAGGCAGUAAGGCCAGUGCUACAAUGUAUGGCGUCGAUGAAGCGAGGCAAGCAAUGAAGCCCAGGGUAGAUCUUGCGCAACUCAUCAGCAAGGAGCAGGGGAAGGAUCUUAGGGUGAUCGCGGUGUGGGGAACAUGUGGUGUUCUUGGGCAGGUGUCCGUGAUAAGGAAGGUGUAUGAUGAUUCGGAUAAGUUUGAAUGCCGUGCCUGGGUUAAGCUUACACAUCCUUUCGACCCGAUCAUGUUUAUGCAAAGCAUUAUGAGGCAGUUCUAUGGAUAUUCUUCUAUCCCAGAGUCAGCAUCUGAGGGACAAAGUUGCCCAGAAAGUGCAAGCACUACAGGGGCUGAAGUUCUCAAGAAGAUGCUGAUGAUGAAGCAAAAAGAUCUGGUAGACAAGUUCACUGAGUAUGUGAAUAAGAAGAGUUACCUGAUUGUCCUUAACAACCUGUGUAGCAUUGAAGAUUGGGACUGGAUUAGAACUUACUUUCCUGUCAGCAGUAAUGGGAACCGGAUCAUUGUGGCUACACAACAAGUUGAAGUUGCAAGCUUAUGCGUCGGUCGGAAAUAUCGAGUUUCAGAGCUCAAGCAAUUAUCCGCUGAUCAAACUCUCUAUGUAUUCUACCACAAGAGCCCUCAAGGUGGAUCAGAUUCACUGGAGCCAGAGUCAAGCUCAAACGCAACUGCCAUUGUUUCUACUAAUAGAACAAACUCGUUGGUGCCCACAAGUGAGAUACCAGCUGGUGAUCAAGCUAAAGAUGCCACCACUGGACAGAAUGUGGUCAUGAGGAGCCUCAGUCGCAUCCUGUCGAGGACGGCUCUUCUGCAGGAAUCUGAAGUCGUUGGGAGGGUGACAGAAAAAAAUGACAUCCUCCAACUAAUUGUGGAUCCAGUGAGCAAAGAAGUUGAGGUUAUCUCUGUGUGGGGAAUGGGUGGUAUCGGGAAAACUGCUCUAGUCAAAGAUAUCUGUGAAAGCCAAGAACUCAGUGGCACAUUUAAGAAACGUGCUUGCGUCACAAUCAUGAGGCCUUUCAAUCAAGUGCAGUUCCUUAGGAGUUUAAUUAUGCAGCUAGUGGUGACAGAAACUUCUGAAGAGAAUGGCACGGUCUGUUCAUUGGGCAGAGUGAAGAAAACAUUGCCGUGGUUAGUUGAAAAGCUGGAGGCUGAGCUGGGAAGUCUUUUGGAAGAAAAGAGGUGGUUGAUUGUUCUCGAUGACUUGUCAUCUAUCACUGAAUUGGACAUGAUAAUCAAAAGCUUACCUUGUACAGAAAAUGCUAGUCGAAUCAUAGUCACCACAAGAGAAGAGAAUAUUGCCAAUCAUUGUUCAAAGAAAGUAGAAAAUGUGUACAAGCUCAAAGGUCUUACUAAGAUGCACGCACUUGUCGUCUUCACAAAAAAGGUAUUCAAGGAAAAUGAAUGUUUGCAUCUGCAGUACCCUGAGUUGGUUGAACAAGCAGAACAAAUCUUGAAAAAGUGCAGUGGUCUUCCUCUUGCAAUAGUCGCCAUAGGUGGCUUCUUGGCAAACCAACCAAAAACUGUCAUGGAGUGGAGAAAACUGAAUGAGAAUCUUAGUAGUGAGUUGGAGAUGAAUACAGGGCUUGACACCAUAAGAACAGUGCUUCUCAAAAGCUAUGAUGGUUUACCCUAUCAUCUCAAGGCUUGUUUCUUGUAUCUGGCAAUAUUUCCUGAAGGCUACAAGAUAAGUCUAACACGUUUGGUGCGGCGUUGGAUCGCCGAGGGCUACUCAAGACCGGUGCGCGGCAAGUCUUCCUCUGAAAUAGCAGAAAGCUACUUCAUGGACCUCAUAAGCAGGAGCAUGAUCCUGCCAUCCCGGAGUUCAAGCCAUAGUAGAAAAGUGGUUGACUCUUGCCAACUCCAUGAUGUUAUUCGAGAAAUUGGCAUCUCAAAGUCAAUGGAGGAAAAUCUUGUUUUCAGAUUGGAGGAAGGUUGUACCUUAAACAGCCAGGGCACAAUACGUCACCUCUCUGUAAGCAAUAACUGGAAAGGAGAUGAGAGUGAAUUUGAGAGUACAAUUGACUUGUCUCGAGUCAGAUCCAUAACAAUUUUUGGGAAGUGGAGGCCAUUCUUCAUUUCUGACAAGAUGAGGUUGCUUCGGGUGCUGGACUUGGAAAGCACUUCAGGUCUGGUUGAUCAUCAUCUUGAGCACAUUGGGAAGCUUUUCCACCUGAGAUACCUUUCCCUGAGAGGAUGUCAUGGAAUUUAUCACCUGCCAGGUUCUUUGGGUAACCUGAGGCAGCUCCAAACACUAGAUGUCACAGGCACAAACAUAAUCAAGCUGCCAAAGAACAUCAUCAAGCUCAGGAAGCUACAGCACGUUCAUGCCAGGGGCGUUGGGAACAACGAUGAACAUGUCUACCAAGAGUAUCCAAAUGAGGUCCCGAAGCUGACAAGGAACAAGCUAUGCAUCCUGACCUGCUCCUCGGUGGGGUUCUGCGUGGCAUGCUGCGCGCCACACCUCCUGAAGGGUUGCAUGGGCAUUGACGGGGACACAAACAGGCGCGAUGUCUGCACUGCAUGCUGUUGCUCCUUUCUGCCGAUGCUGGCGACACGUCGGUGCUCACGCGGCGUUGAGAUGCCCAGAGGGAUCCACAGGUUCAAAGCCUUGCAGACACUGGGUGUCGUGAACGUCUCAAGGAGGAAGGCCACCCUGCGAGAGGUAGCUAGUCUCACCGGGCUGCGCAAGCUGGGAGUGACUGGCGUGGACAAGAGCAACGGCGGAGAGCUAUGUUCAGCACUGUCUAACCUCAGCAGCCUAGAGACGUUGCUGGUGCAGUCGGAGGGUAAGCCGGGUUUAUCUGGCUGCUUGGAUGGCCUCUCCUCACCUCCAGAAAACCUAGGGAGUCUGAAGCUUUAUGGCAACCUGGUCAAAUUGCCGUCAUGGAUCAACGGUGGGCUAAAAAAUCUGGCCAAGCUCAAGCUGCGGAGUUCCAGGAUAGAGAAACAUGAUGACGCCAUACAGAUCCUUGGGAGUCUACCGAACCUAGCCAUCCUGCGUCUACGAAAAGAGUCGUUCGAGGGCAAAGAGGUCCAUCUUCAUUUCCAGCAGGGCGCAUUCCAGACCCUAAUGGUGCUGGAGCUGAGUUCCCCAGGUAAUCUCAAAUCUGUGCGUUUUGACAAGGGAGCAGCCCCUAAGCUUGAGCUGCUGCAGUAUUACGAUCAGCCCGGGGAAGAAGUCGUUUCGGAAGAAAAUGGUGAUCAGUUUGAAGAAGCCCCCGGUGUUUCAUUUUCUGGGCUAGCAUUUCUGGGAAGCCUCAAAGAAGUACUGCUCGAGGGUGGCAACUACAAGGGCGAUUUCGUGCAAAACUUGCGCUCCCAACUUGAGUUGAAUCCGAAACGGCCUGUUCUCAAGAUGGACUAACCUGACCUCGAGAAGGCGCAUGAUGUUUCUGCUGCUGCUCACUUGUUUUGAACUGCCAACCUGCUACUGAACUGCUUUGAUUUUUUUUAUUUGAUUAUAUAAGGAAAAAGGUCUACUUAACUCCUCCCAACUAUCUGUCCAGGACACUUCAAUUGUACCAUUAAAUAGUUUUAACAAUGGUGUUGCUCAUAUGGGUACUGGUAUAGACAUUGCAUACAGUGUUCUGCUUGCCGUUAAAGCUCCUGCUGGCAAAAAACAAAA